GAAGUUGAUCGAUAGGAACUUGAGUACAGUAUAACUACAUGACCAAGCGAAAGGGAUUUGACAGAUCUAUUGGACAGAUCGUCGAAUGAUUAUCUCUGGUACAUCAGGGUCAUUGAAUGUCAAACAUCAAUCAAUUCUUGGCAUCUCUGGGUUAAUUUUUGCAACAGCAAUCUCUAAAUCACUUCAUUUUUGUUUCCCUGCCGUACGUUUUCCUGAGAUUUCACGCGAGAAAAAUUGCGGUAGUGGACAGAAUUUCACAACAAUCACACAUCUGCAGAAGAGGAACAUCAGGAAAUCAUCAACACUGGAAAUAAGACACUGAAACAAAACAGAUUUAAAUACAAACCAAGGUAACUGGAUAAUAACCAGCACAGAACCUCCUCGCAAAAGUGAUAUUCGCACAGUCGAAGUUUCCUGACAAAAAUCUGCCAGCAGUAUUCAGUGCUCCCUAUGCACGGAAAUAGACGAAAUAUGCAGAUGAAAUAGAUUUUUAAAGCCUAUCCAACGGUUCAGUUAGAUCAUCAGGAGGAAAUUCUGUGUCCAGGAAAUAAAAAUUCUUCUGACUAUGGCUGACGAGAUUGAGGAGAUUAAGUUCCAUAUCAUCAAGAAUUCUGAUAAAUCCAACGGUAUUGCUAACGGGAUUGAGAAAGCGGACUUUAGUACCUUCAGAGGGGACAUCAUAGUAUGCUGUGGAGGAUACGAAGGGAGAUUCGAGCUGGAUACAGUAGAGGCAUUCUGUGUGAACACAAACACCUGGGCUGAUCUACCUCCAAUGCCAGUCGAAUGCGACAGUUUAACUGCAGGGGCUUAUGGGAGUGCUGUGUUCGUGGCUGGAGGAUCUGACAGGAAAAAGCCUCUUGAUAAUGUGUCAAUGUUUGACUGGCAAGAACGAGCUUGGAGGAAACUGGCCCCGAUGGUCACAGCUCGCUCAUACUCCUGUGGAACCAUGGAUAAAUCGCGGGCUUGUCUGCUAGUAGCAGGGGGAUUUAAUAACAGAGAGCUGGACUCCAUGGAAAUUUUUGAUGUGAAGACUGAAAGAUGGCUGAAAGCUCCUGCUAUGCCAACAGCUCGUACAAAAUCUGGGGGAGCUAUCGUGGGAGAUUACUUUGCUGUGGUGGGUGGGGACCAAUUUGGUCGUCCAACCGAUACAAUCCAAUGUUUCAACUUGAAAACGGAGAAGUGGGAAACGUUUCCCGCCAUGAGCACGAAACGUCGACGAUGCGCAGUCGUAGCCGUGGGUGAGAAGCUUGUUGUGGCGGGAGGUCUGACGCUUGGUGACUAUUCGCUAGAUACCAUAGAAAUGUUUGAUCUGCGCAACCGGAAAUGGUUUGAUCUUCCCAACAUGCCUUGCACGCGAUUCGGCUGUGGUGCUUGCGUAAUAAAUUCACAAAUGUUUCUCUGUGGUGGCAACGAGAAGUUGAGAAUGAAGGCGUAUUCAAACCGGCUUGACUCGUUUGACUUGAUGACGCAUACCUGGGAAAUCCUUCCUAAUAUGGCACACCGUAGGAUCCAUCCUGUUGCAGUGUCCGUCAGUGUUUAAACAGCAGUCCAGACGACAGCAAAGAUGGACCACAUAAAAGAAUAUCCACAUCUAAUGAUGUGUCCAGGAUGCUUAAAGUUCCUUUAUACUGGGGGAGAACUUCGCUCCUUUUUAUCUUUUUGAUUAACUUUUCGUUUAAAUUAUUAUAUUUUUUAGAAGACUAAAUUUCCAGAAUGUGUCUUAUAAAUACGACCAAGUUGAUUUUUUUUAAACAAAGUCCAUUUUACCGAGAGAAUGUUCAAACCACCCAAAGAUAAGAAAUUGAGGUGACGUGUAUUGUUGAAAGAAGUAAAAGAUUGAUUCCAGAAAAAACAG